AGGCACAAUCUUAGACACCUUUGGGUCCUCAGAGUAGACAUUGCCGCGGUGCUUCUUGGGUUCUUCCUUUCCAGCCCAGGCUCGUAAUCUGCAAACAUGGGAAAGUGUCGCGGUCUGCGUACAGCCAGGAAGCUGCGUAACCAUCGUCGUGAGCAGAAAUGGCAUGAUAAACAAUACAAGAAAGCCCAUCUUGGAACUGCUUUGAAGGCUAACCCCUUCGGAGGAGCUUCCCACGCCAAGGGCAUCGUCCUUGAGAAAGUUGGUGUUGAAGCCAAGCAGCCCAACUCUGCCAUUAGGAAGUGUGUCAGGGUCCAGCUCAUCAAGAACGGCAAGAAGAUCACCGCUUUUGUCCCCAAUGAUGGUUGCUUGAACUUCAUUGAGGAGAACGAUGAAGUGCUGGUGGCAGGGUUCGGUCGUAAGGGACACGCCGUCGGUGAUAUUCCCGGUGUGAGAUUCAAGGUGGUCAAGGUGGCUAAUGUGUCACUCCUGGCCCUGUACAAAGGCAAGAAGGAGAGACCCAGAUCAUAGUGUUCAGACCGGAAUUCAAUAAAAGGAUGUUUUUCAGUUCCA